AUGGCUUAUGCCCGUCACCUUCCCGUUGAUAUGUCCCUUUUACGUCUACAAGAUAAACACAUCGUCCAGUCUAUUUGGGAAGGCAAUGAAAGAGUAAUUUGCCCUCGAAGACAUGCAAUUUGGUUAGCAAAGCAUGUUAACGAAAUUGAUGAAAGAAUAAAGAAUAUUUUACAUGGAGCAGGUUUUAUCCAUAUUUUACAAGCAUCAAGUAUGGAGAUAAGUCACAACCUUGUCACUGCUUUGGUUGAAAGGUGGAGAGUGGAGACUCAUACUUUCCACUUGCCUCAUGGUGAAACUACAAUUACAUUGGAAGACGUUGCAUUACAACUGGGGCUUCCUAUUGAAGGACAGGUGGUGAGUGGCAUAAAUUCUGGUCCCCUAACGGUAUUUUGUCAUCAACUACUAGGAGAUGUUCCACCUGACAAUUGUGUAAGGGGAAACAGAAUCAAGUUGUCAUGGUUGAAUAACACUUUCCGCCAAUUGCCUAAUCAUGCAACGGAACAGGUGAUUGAACAAUACGCUAGGGCGUAUAUGUUGAUAAUAAUUGGGAGUGUGAUCAUGCCAGAUACAUCUGCAAGCAUGGUGCAUUUGAUGUAUCUUCCCCUUUUGGCCGACCUCCAUAACGUUUCACAGUAUAGCUGGGGAUCAGCCACGCUCUCCUGCUUGUAUCGUGCCCUUGAUCACGGGACUAGGGCUGACCAAGACAAUAUUGGAGGGUGCAUGAUCUUGUUACAGUGCUGGGCAUGGGAAAGAAUAACAUGUCUUUCACCAGAAUUACUUGAAGUCACAGAACACGAGAUUUCUUCUGGUGCAGUUUUUCCACUUGCCAAAAGAUGGUGUCGCACAGCACAGUCUGCUUUCCAGGACACUACAAGUGUUAAACAAUUUCGCCAGAAAAUAGACGACGUAUCACCUCGACAGUUCCUAUGGACACCGUACAGACGUCCUGAAGUUUCAGAUCUCAUUCAAGUAGAAGUGCCACCGACAUGUCGGGCACUUGUUCCACUUAUAUGUUUCUCUGUGGUAGAAUACCAACAAUCCGACCGGGUCAUGCGACAGUUUGGUUUUAGGCAAAAUGUUCCUCAUCCACCAAUGAAUCUAGAUGAGGAACAUAAAUUGGAUAUGAGAGGACGCGCUGAUUGGAAUUGGCAUGAACACCAUCAACAGUGGAUUGGAUUGUGGAAUGACCGGCAUAAUCGUGUCUUCAACGGGAUACCUUUUCAGAAAAAUGGUCACUUGCGAGAUGAAUCGGAGUAUAUGCAGUGGUAUAUAACUCAUACCAUCCGGUACAUUGCGUUAAUAGAAGAUUCAACGGACUCUGAGUAUGACAUGGACCACGAGGAACACUUCCAGCCGCCAUCUCAACACCGUGCAUCUUCUUCAUAUCAUGAUCCACAAAGGUCAGCCUCUGACCAUGGCAACUAUCAACAUCCAGCUGUAAAUUCAAGGUUUCAACAACACAUUCCACCGACACCAACAUAUACUGGGGUUGACAGUGGUUAUUUCGCCUUUCCACCAUCCACACCGUUCAGCGCAGGUCCAUCCAAUUAUUUUGGAACCACCACAAUGACUCCCCCAUCUUCAUACGUACACCCAUCAUCCUCACAUAACGUCAAUCGACCCACAUUUGACUAUCAAAGCGUUCAACAGUGCAAUGAUCCAACGGAUGAAGACCAACCAACGCACGAUCCCACACCUCAAGAACGACCACAGAGGCGAGCCCAACGACAUCGACGACGCCCACCGUGUGGAACUGGAGGACAUAGAUAG